UUCAAAGAGUGAUGAAGCUAUGUUUACAUUAUAGUUCCUUACAUCAAUACUUGCAGGUUUCAUUUUAGCAUUAGCCAAUGCAUUUAACACAAUGUUUUUAAGCUAAUACAUUAAAUUCAAUGUUAUUUAAAUGAAUAAGCAGUUUUAAACUUAUGGUUUACCUUAAUGCACCACCAGAAUGCAAUUAUCCUAACUCAUAAAGCGCUGUUGUGUUUUUGAAUUUAGUUGUACAAAAAAAUAGCUGAUAUUUUCAGUGAAUUUCCUGAAUUGGUUCGCGACUUUGUUGGAUUUCUUGAACCACAUGAAGCUUUGGAGGCCAAUGUUUUCAUGCAACACAAAGAUGUCGUAAAAGCGAGAAACUUUUUUGAAUGCUUGCAGAACCAUUUUGCCAAAAGCCCAUCUCAUUUGCAAAAAAUACUAAAAUGUUUGGCUUCGUUUGAUUUCAACAGGUCGAGCGUUAAUCAAUUUUACGACGCAAUCCUACCGCUGUUGAAAGGUCAACAGUUCCUAAUCGAACAAUUCAACUCCUUUUUUGACCAUUUAAAGCCGAAACAAAGUAACGUUGACGACUUCGAAGAAGUUGAAUUAGGUAGUGGAAGUGAGAUUGAGGCAGAUGACUUUGAAGACGUUAUCAUUCCUGAUAUAAAGAGAAGCUUGGCUAAGGUUUCUCAGGCUUGCAAACCAGUAGCCAAAGGGACAGGUGGACCGUUGUCAAGGCGAUUCUCUAAACUCAGAAAAGAUGAAACCGGCGAGAGAAAGGAUGGGAACCGUGAUAGAAAAGAAGGGGAUGAUGUGAGAAUUGAUGGGUAUGAUGAGAGAAAUGAUGGAUACGAUGAGAGAAAUGAUGGAUACGAUGAGAGAAAUGAUGGGUACGAUGAGAGAAAUGAUGGGUACGAUGAGAGAAAUGAUGGAUACGAUGAGAGAAAUGAUGGGUACGAUGAGAGGAAUGAUGGAUACGAUGAGAGAAAUGAUGGAUACGAUGAGAGGAAUGAUGGGUACAAUGAGAGGAAUGAUGGAGAAGAUGAGACAAAAGAUGGCGACGUUGAGAGAAGCAAUGGAUACGAUGAGAGAAAUGAUGAAAAUGUCGAUGUUUCAGAGAAGUACGUUGAUGUCACGGAAGAAUCGAAUGAACUUUCUUUGAAUAACAAUGAUGAAAUUCCCGACCGUAUGAUCGAUUCUGAUGAUGACGUAGAACUUGAUGACGACAUGCUAGACCAGGAAAACAACGAGAACGAAGGCGUUUAUAAUCAAAGUAAUCAUAGCAGUCCAAGUAGUGAAUGCCGGUCAGUGUACGAAGCUUUUGAGGAUUACAUGCAGUCACAUGAAACCAUUCACAAAAAUCCGUUGACUUCAAAAUCAGAAGUCGUCAAUGUCGGUGAGUCAUUGGACAUAAAAAAUGAUGCUGUUGAAACGCCGUCCCUGAUUGGUGCUUCACAUGUUGAUAUCGAUCAUUGUGGGAACGGUGUUUCUUCGAGUUUUGAAAACUGGAAUGUUUGUAAAGAUGAGCGUUCUUGCUCGAAUCAAGUUGACGACGAAAUGUCGAAUUCGUAUGAAAAGAAAACUCGAGAUAUUUUAGAUAUUGCCGAAAAUAGUCACACGAAAGUAGAAAAAGUAGCAAACAAAGUGCAAAUCGACACUAACGCAUCGACAAAUAUCCAGAGAAAAAUAUCUGCGCAAAAUCUUCAAGUUGAUGAAGAUGGAAAGUCGAUCAUUUGGACGAGAGAGGAGGACAAAAUAAUAUUACAGUUUUGUCAGAUGCGUGGCGUGCAUGAAAAUACAUUCGAAGAUAUCGCGAGAGAACUCGGCGAAAAGACUGCUAAGGAGGUCAAAAGCCGGUUUCGUAUUUUGAUGAGCUUAUUGUCACGUGAUGAAAACGAUAGCCAAUCGGAGAGUGAAGAUGACAGUUGUCAUGACGACGAAGAAAUGUAAAUUUAAAGCAAGAUAUUUGACCAAUAAGUCCGACAUUCUUUUGUGAUCUUAUAUCAACUCUGAUCUCCUGGAUGUUUAACAUAACUUACGUAUCGUGAUGAUUUUAAUGAAGAAAAUGGGUGCAUCAACUCUUAUCUCCUGGAUGUUUAACAUAACUUACGUAUCGUGAUGAUUUCAAUGAAGAAAACGGGUGCAUCAACUCUGAUUUCCUGGAUGUUUAACAUAACUUACGUAUCGUGAUGAUUUCAAUGAAGAAAACGGGUGCAUCAACUCUGAUUUCCUGGAUGUUUAACAUAACUUACGUAUCGUGAUGAUUUCAAUGAAGAAAACGGGUGCAUCAACUCUGAUUUCCUGGAUGUUUAACAUAACUUACGUGUCGUGAUGAUUUCAAUGAAGAAAACGGGUGCAUCAACUCUGAUCUCCUGUAUGUUUAACAUAACUUACGUAUCGUGAUGAUUUCAAUGAAGAAAACGGGUGUUUCAAACCUCAAAAAUAGUUCAAAAUGCUUUACUUUUUGUGGGUCGCCACGCGCGCAUGCGUGGCUAACCACUAUUGUAAGGCUUAUUUCCAUUCAGUACAAAUUGUCGUGCGAUCGACUUUUUCCGAUGACUUUCUUUUGAAUUGUAUGCAGCCGUGUGAAACUGCUCCGGUCGAGAGCUUACAAUUGAAAAGAAAGUGAUCUCAAAAAGUCGCUCGCGCGACAAUUUGCACUGAAUGGAAAUCAGCCUUUAUUCUGCAAAAAGUAGAACGGCCGACCGAUUUCCAAAUCAUUGACCUGUAUGACUGAACUGGAUGUAGCAUAAACAAUAUAAUUUUAUGAAUUCGUUUCGUUUGCGCUAUAAUGGUGUAGUCCUGGCCCUUGUUCUCACUUGUGAUUAUGUCGCUAGUGAAAACUAUUCUUAAUGGGCUGGCAUAGUGUCUUGCAUUGAAAUUUCACAAUAGGCUAAUGAUUUGGUAUCUCCAGGACUCUUUGAAUACACCCUGCACAUAUUUUGCUACGCGUUAUUCAGCUAGUCUGAAUUUCACUCAUUUAUGUACAUACAGUAGUUAUAAAAUGCUCAUCUUUGAAAUUCA